AUGCCGGCUCCACUUCUACUGGGAAUGCUGCUCCUAGUGUCUGUGGCAGCAGGCCUCUCUCCCACAAAGUACUUGGUAACAAUACCAGCCCAGCUUGCCUUCCCCUCCACUCAGAAGGUUUGUUUGGAUCUGAGCCCUGGGAGCUGUGCUGUCAAAUUCACUAUUACUCUGGAGACCAAGGACAAGACACAGAAGUUGCUAGAACAUUCUGGAUCGAAGAAGAACUUCCACUGUAUCUCAUUCUCAGUCCCCCCACCUACUGGUGGCACGGAAGAAGUGGCCACAGUUCGAGUAUCCGGAGUUGGAAAGAACCUCAACUUUGAAGAGCAGAAAAAGGUCCUGAUUCAGAGGCAAGGGAGCGGCACGUUUGUGCAGACAGACAAACCUGUCUACACCCCAGGCCAGCAAGUGUUGUUCAGAAUUGUCACCUUGAACAGCAACUUCAUUCCAGUCAAUGACAAGUACUCCAUGGUGGGGCUGCAGGACCCAAAUAACAACAGGAUUGCGCAGUGGCUGGAAGUGGCCCCGCAGCAAGGCAUUGCAGACUUAUCCUUUCAACUGGCACCAGAAGCAACGCUGGGCACCUAUACAGUGGCAGUGGCCGAGGGCAAGACCUUCGGCACCUUCAGUGUGGAGGAAUAUGUGUUGCCCAGGUUCAAGGUAGAAGUGUUGGAACCAAAGCAAUUAUCAACCGUGGAGGAAUCCUUCUUUGUAAAAGUCUGUGGCAGAUACACAUAUGGAAAGCCUGUUCAAGGGACAGUGCAGGUCUCGGUGUGUCAGAAGGUGCACACUUACUGGUACCGAGAAGCAGACCAGGAACAGCUUCCUGACAGAUGCAGAAACCUCUCGGGACAGGCUGACAAAGCCGGAUGCUUCUCCGCCUCUGUGGACAUGUCCACCUUCAACCUCACCGGAUACAUGUACAGCCAGAGCAUUAAUAUUGUGGCUUCAGUGGUGGAGAAAGGGACAGGACUGGAGGCCAAUACCACCCAGGAUGUCUUCAUUUCCUCAAAGAUCGGAUCCAUGACCUUCGAAGACACUAAUAAUUUCUAUUACCCCAAUUUCCCCUUCAGUGGGAAGAUAAGAGUUAGAGGCCAUGAUGACUCCCUCCUCAAGAAUCGUCCGGUAUUCCUGGUGGUUUACGGAAGACAUGGAACCACCACGCAGACGCUAACUACUGACAGCGACGGCCUUGCUCCCUUCACGCUGGACACAGCCACCUGGAAUGCGACCGACAUUUCUCUGGAGGGCAAGUUCCAACUGGAAGAUUUGGUAUAUAAUCCAGAGGAAGUUCCUCGUUACUACCAAAAUGCCUAUCUGCACCUGCAACCCUUCUACAACACCACCCGCAGCUUCCUGGGCAUCCGGCGGCCAGGUGGCCUGGUGCGGUGUGGCCAGACCCAGGAGGUGCUGGUGGACUAUUCCAUCGACCCAGAGGAUGCUAGACCAGGCCAAGAAGUCGUCGUCUCCUACUACGUCACAGGGAAAGGGAGUUUGCAGAUCGAGGGGCAGAAACACCUGAAGGUUAAAGAGAAAGGACCAAAAAGCUCCUUCUCCCUCUCGCUGACCUUCACCUCCAGAAUGGCCCCUUCCCCUUCCCUCGUCAUCUACACGAUAUUCCCCAGCGGAGGUGUCAUAGCCGACAAAAUUCAGUUCUCCAUGGAGAUGUGUUUCGACAAUCAGGUCUCCAUUGGCUUCUCGCCUUCCCAGCAGCUCCCGGGAACAGAGGUGGAGCUGCAGCUGCAGGCAGCGCCUGGGUCCCUGUGUGCGGUCCGGGCUGUGGAUGAGAGUGUUCUACUCCUCAGGCCAGAGAGCGAGCUGAGCAAUGACUCUAUCUACAGGAUGUUUCCAUCCUGGUACAAUUCUUACCCCUACCAAGUGGCUGAAUAUGACGAGUGCCCAGCACACAGCCCAUGGGACUUUCCUCGACCCCUCUCCGAUCCCGUGCCCAGAGAGGGACUGAGGAGUCAUUCAGUCAUCUGGAGACCCUGGCUUUCUGAAGGCGUGGACCUGUUCAGCUUCUUUCAGGACAUGGGCUUGAAAAUUCUAUCAAAUGCCAAAAUCAAGAAGCCAGUGGACUGCAGCCGCCACCAUCCGCUCUACAGCUCCUCUGCCAUGGAUGGAGCAGGUGGCAGUGUUGCCCGGGAGGCUGGGUUCGCAUCGCCUUCACCGCAAACAGAGGGUUCUCCGGUCCGCCAGUACUUCCCAGAGACCUGGCUGUGGGAACUGUUUCCGGUCGGUAACUCAGGAAAGAAGGUGGUCCAGGUCACAGUUCCUGAUACCAUCACCGAGUGGAAGGCUAUGACAUUCUGCACCUCCCAGUCCAGAGGCUUUGGCCUUUCCCCUACUGUUGGGCUGACCGCUUUCCAGCCGUUCUUUGUUGAGCUGACGCUGCCUUACUCAGUCGUUCGUGGGGAAUCCUUCCGUCUUACAGCCACGGUCUUCAACUAUCUCAAAGACUGCAUCAGGAUUCAGACUCACCUGGCUCCAUCAGACGAGUACCAGGUGGAGUCAAGGGCAGACGGUCAGGCCUCCAGCUGCCUGUGUGCCAACGAAGCCAAGACCUUACACUGGGAUAUCACGGCUGUCAGGCUGGGUCAUGUCAACUUCACUAUCAGUACAGAGAUUGUAGCCAGCGAUGAACUCUGUGGGGGCCGGAAGGCGGUUGUCCCCAACAGAGGCCGGAGUGAUACUCUCAUCAAGCCAGUCCUUGUCAAGCCUGAAGGCGUCCUUGUGGAGAAGACUCACAGCUCAUUGCUGUGUCCGAAAGGAGAGGUGGUUUCAGACUCUGUCGCCCUGGAGCUCCCUGGGGACGUGGUUCUGGACUCUGCCAAGGCUUACAUUACUGCUCUGGGAGACGUCAUGGGCACAGCACUCCAACACCUGGACGGCCUGGUGCAGAUGCCCAGCGGCUGUGGCGAACAGAACAUGGUCAUUUUCGCUCCCAUCAUCUAUGUCUUGCAGUACCUGGAGAAGACAGGGCUGCUGACUGAGGACAUCAGGUCUCGGGCGGUUGGGUUCCUGGACAUAGGGUACCAGAAGGAACUGAUGUAUAAGCACAGCAAUGGCUCAUAUAGCGCCUUUGGGGAACAGGAUGGAAACGGCAAUACAUGGUUGACAGCCUUUGUCACAAAAUGUUUUGGCCAAGCUCAGAAAUUCAUCUUCAUCGAUGACAAAAACAUCCAGGAUGCCCUCAAAUGGAUGGCAGGAAACCAGCUCGCCAGCGGCUGCUAUGACAACGUGGGAAAGCUCCUGCACACAGCUAUGAAGGGUGGUGUUGACGAUGAGAUUUCCUUGACUGCGUAUAUCACAGCUGCACUGCUGGAGAUGGGGAAGACCGUCAAUGACCCGAUGGUGAGACGAGGUCUGCAGUGUCUCAGGAAGUCUGUCGCCUCCACCCGCAGCCUCUACACUCAGGCCCUGUUAGCUUAUACCUUCUCUCUGGCUGGAGAAGUGGAAACCAGAAGUACCCUUCUUCACAAGUUAGAUCAGCAGGCCACUGUCUCAGGUGAUUCCAUUCACUGGAGCCAGAAACCUGCUGUUUCAGAUGCCAGUCCUUGGUCCGAGCCUAAGGCGGUGGAAGUAGAGCUUACAGCCUACGUACUGUUGGCCCAGCUCACCAAGGACAGCCUGACCCAAGAGGAGAUAGCCAAGGCCACUAGCAUAAUUGCUUGGUUAGCCAAGCAACGCAAUGCAUAUGGGGGCUUCUCUUCCACUCAGGAUACUGUAGUUGCCCUCCAAGCCCUUGCCAAGUAUGCCGCCAUUGCCUAUGUGCCCUCUGAGAAAGUCAGCGUGGCUGUAAAGUCCACUGAGAAUUUCCAACGCACUUUCAACAUAGAGUCUGCCAACCGACUGGUCCUGCAGCAGGAGGCACUGCCCAGCAUCCCUGGAGUGUACACUGUGGAGGCCUCAGGCCAGGGCUGCGUCUAUGUGCAGGUGGUGUUGAGAUACAACGUGAUCCCUCCUAAAAUGCCGGAGACUUUUAGCCUUCAGGUGGAAACAGAAAAGGCUAGUUGUGAAAAACUGGCUUUGCCUCGAUCCUUGACUCUCACUAUUCAUACCAGCUAUGUGGGGAGCCGCAGCUCUUCCAACAUGGCCAUUGUGGAAGUGAAGACGCUGUCUGGGUUCAGUCCCGUGGAAGGCACCAAACAGUCACUUCUGCAGCAACCCUUGGUGAAGAAGGUCGAGUCCGACAAAGACACACUUAACAUUUACCUGGAGGAGCUCAGUAAGAAGACACAGACUUACACUUUGACGAUCAGCCAAAGCGUGUUGGUCACCAACUUGAAACCUGCAAUGGUCAAGGUCUAUGACUACUACCUGCUGGAUGAGCAGGCAGUGACCCAGUACUCUGACCCUUGUGAGUGA